AUGACAGACGAGACACCCAACGAGGCUACGAACCAAGGGGGACGUAUGACUCGCUCUCACAGCCAAGCCCCGGCGCCUGGUCGCACUACCAGCAUGGUCCCAAGUCGUGCAGGUUCCGCUGUAGGAGCUAGUGCCACUCCGAGUCCGACGACCUCCCGAAGCUCUACGCCGCAGCCUGGCGGGGGCGCGCGUAUGGUGUUCCGUCCUGUGAUGCCGCAACGCAGACGUACUCCUGGCGCGAGUCUCUCUGCUGCGAAGGACGAGGCAGCCACACACACGGCCUCGCCCUCCAACGAGGCGACGCGCGUCAAAGGCCGUACGGCCGGCCCUCGUCCUGCGUCGCGACCACGCGGCCAGAUCGAAAUGACAGCGACCGGUCCCUUUGCUAUGGGUCAUGCUGAUCGCAGCACAUCGCGCUCCAUGACCAAGGCUGCUGCGAUGAUGGCAGCGCCUGCGCCAUCGUCCGAGCCAUCGUCGUCAACCGUCACCCCUAAGCCUAUGGGAUCCAGUGAUGUAGACGGGCCGACUAACGAUACCAUUGAUAUUGAGCGUGUACAAGAUCUCGAUGCCAUGGCACCACAGAGCUUACUGCAUGCACCCCCUUCGUUCAAGCGAGAGCCGACCCCGAGCAAGGCGGAGGAGACGAAGCCCCAGCCUGAUGUCAACUUGUCGCAGGCACUCGAUUUGAGCGAGAGUGAAGACGAAGAUGCUGAGGAUGCUACAGCACCGCACUUUGCUGAUACUAUCCAGCGGUCCCUAUCAACGGAUCAUCUCUUCCUCUUCCAAUUUCCACACACUUUCCCCACAUUCCAUCGCCCGGACGAGUCCCAGAUGGCUGUCCAAGAGCCUGCGAAAACCGAGGAUGUGAUUGAUAUUGAUACCGAGACACAUGCUGCUGCACCGCCUCGCCCGGAAGGCCAAAUGGGGCACUUGGAUAUCUAUGCGGAUGGACGUGUGAUGCUGCGCAUCGGUGAUAUGCCAUUUGAUGUGGUGAGCGGUAGCGAGACGAGUUUUUUGCAGCAGGUCAUGGUCCUCGACGCGGAACGGCAACAGGCUCAGUGUCUGGGCGACCUGGAUGGCAAGCUGAUUGUAACGCCCAACCUAGACUAUCUCAUGGCCAACGCCCGCGUGGCCCCCUCGGCCUCCCAUCCGUAG